CUGUAUCAAAGUAGAAUAGCAAGGAAAAAGUGCUUAUAGAUCGACUAGUUUAAGCCAUGUUUUCUAAGCUUCUGAUAUCGCUUCUCUUACUAUUCCUAACCAUAACAGUAAUACCAGCUCCGUCCCAAGAUGAUCAUGGUGAUCUCAGUUUUGUCUUCGAUGGAUUUAAGCCAGUCGACCUGGUCCUCGACGGCUCAGCUAAAAUAACCUCCAAUGGCCUGUUGAGGCUCACGAACAACACGAACCACCGUACAGGUCAUGCUUUCUUUCCCAAACCAGUAACCUUCAAAGCCACCCCAAACAACACCGUUUCUUCCUUCUCCACCACAUUCGUCUUCGCCAUCAGAUCGGAGUUCGCGACUCUGAGCGGCCACGGCUUCGUUUUCGUGAUCGCUCCGACGAGAGGUCUUCCCGGAAGUCUCCCGACAGAGUACCUUGGCCUUUUUAACGAAACCAACAAUGGCAACGCCACGAACAGAGUCUUCGGCGUCGAGCUCGAUACGAUUCAAACCAACGAGUUCAAAGACAUAGACGCCAAUCACGUGGGGAUUGACAUUAAUGGUUUAACCUCGGUUAAAGCUGAACCGGCGAGCUAUUUCGACGAAAACAAAGGUGGGUUUACGAACUUAUCUCUUAUAAGUGGUAAGCCGAUGAAGGUAUGGGUCGAAUAUGACGCUGUUAAGAAGCAGAUGAACGUGACUUUAGCUCCGGCCGAAGUUGUUAAACCCCGAAAACCGCUUCUGUCUUUGAACGUAGAUCUUUCACCGAUCAUAAAGGACACCAUGUAUAUUGGUUUUGCUUCCUCAACCGGCUCUAUUAUAAGUUAUCACUAUGUUCUGGGUUGGAGCUUUAAGAUUAAUGGCGAAGCUCAAGAGCUUGACUUUUCGAAACUCCCGAAUCUGCCUCGGGUCGGACCCAAACCAAAAUCCAAGCUUUUGACAAUUGGGUUACCGGUGAUUUGUUCGAGCUUGGUGGCUCUAGCGAUCUUGAGUUUAGUUCUUAUCAUCAGAAGAAGGAGAAAAUAUGCAGAGGUACUUGAAGAUUGGGAGGUCGAAUAUGGACCUCAUAGAUAUAGAUACAAAGAUUUGUAUAUGGCAACUGAGGGUUUCAAGGACAAAAAUUUAUUGGGUAGGGGAGGAUUUGGUAAAGUCUACAAAGGAGUAUUGCCCUCCAAAACAGAGAUCGCUGUCAAAAGAAUCUCUCACGAAUCAAGACAGGGUAUGAGAGAAUUCGUGGCUGAAAUUGUAACUCUCGGCCAGCUCCGACACCGGAAUGUAUUACCCCUUUUAGGCUAUUGUCGCCGGAAAGGUGAGCUUCUUUUAGUCUACGAUUACAUGCCCAAUGGCAGCCUAGACAAGUACCUAUACAACAACCCAAAAACGACACUAAAUUGGCACCAAAGAUUUGGGGUCAUAAAGGGAGUUGCCUCAGGUCUAUGCUACCUUCACCAUCAGUGGGAACAAGUCGUCAUCCACCGUGACGUGAAAGCCAGUAACGUACUAGUUGACAGCGAGUUAAACGGCCGGUUAGGAGACUUUGGUUUAGCUAGAUUGUAUGACCAUGGAACCGAUCCUCAAACAACUCACAUAGUUGGAACAUUCGGCUACCUCGCCCCGGAGCAUACCAGAACCGGAAAGGCCACAACGAGCUCCGACGUCUUCGCAUUCGGAGCUUUCCUGCUUGAGGUGGCAUGCGGACGACGGCCCAUAGAGGGGAGAGGAUCACCGGAGGAAGAGUUAGUUUUGGUGGACUGGGUUUUCUCAUGUUGGAGCAAAGGAAGGAUUAUUGAGGCCAUAGAUGUAAAUUUGAUAGAAUCAGAUUCUGUCGUAUCAGAGGAGGAAAUAGAGCUAGUAUUGAAACUGGGGUUGUUGUGUUCACAUUCGGAACCGGGGGUCAGACCGAGCAUGAGGCAAGUGAUGUCCUUUUUGGAGAGAGAUGUGCCAUUGCCGGACUUGUCGACAAUGGGACUCACAGCUGCGGGGUUGAUGUUCGUGCAUAAAGAAGGGGUUGGUGAUUAUGCAAUGUCUAUGCCAUUUUUCCCUCAAGUGUUGUCGUCGUCGUCAUCUUCUAUGGCCGAGUCACUCCUCUCCGGUGGUCGAUGAGUUGAUUCUCAAUCCUACACGUGAACUCACUUCACCUAGGUACAUGGUAAGUCACUCUGCAUGGGAGGUAAGUGCUUUUUUUAGUAGUGAGAACGCUAUUAAUAACACAUUAAGUGCUAUACGAGACCGCCUCAUAGUGUUAUGCAAAUUUCCUAAUAAUUCACAUAUUUCUUUUUAACAAAGAGAAUUAAAAUGUUAAUAAUUUAUAUUAUUGUCCUAUAGAAAUGUGAAACUUUGCUCUCGAGAGAAACUUAGGGGUUUUUAUAAAGAUGGUGUCUAUUUGUGAGUCUUUCUACUUUCUUGAUGGGGUUAGUAGUUUUUAUGACGGAGUUUUGUUGUGUUGGUUUAGAAGAGCUACUUAGGGUGUUUAUCUUGGAUAAUACUCAGAUGGAAUGUCUAGUUGUUGUUUAGAGAAUUGCUAAAAAGUACAAUGAGUGUCUAACACCACAAGUAGUUCACAUACUAUUAUUGGUGUAAUUCAAUUUCGGAUGACACAUAUGUGUUUAUUAACCAUUUGGCUCCUAUUUAAAUUUCAUACACCUUACAUGAAGUCUACUGUUGUUGUAUUAUUUUAAAUAAUGAUAUGUGAUUAUUGGUUUUU